UUAGCUUUCCUCUAUUAACUUUUAGGAUGUCUGAACCCUCUAGUUCUAGUAGUCUCGUUUCUGUAGAUGUAACCGCUGAUGGCAAAUUGCGUCUUUUUCAGAUGCUUCAUAGCCUUGGGAAAUCAGAUGACUUGAAAGAAUCUACAACCAAAAUUAUCAAUCAUUUGGACCAAAUUGACUUUUCUUGUCGUAAUCAACAACAAAUUUCUCAGGAAAUUGUUUGUCUUAUGAAUAAAAAUUGGGAGAAAAUGGAGGCGAUUAAAAAACAAUUUGCUAAAUCCAAAGGAAUUAAAAAUGAUGUAAAUUUUGAUUCUAUUGCUGAAGGAAUUAAACCAACUCUUGAAGAGACCACAGAAAAUCUAGAAAUUUUACAAUACGGAUUAGAAGAGACUUAUUCCAAGCAGAAAACAUUGGAACAGAAGAAGAGAGAAGGUUUGUGUUCAAUAGCUGCUCUUCUUGAUGAGUUGAAGGAUAUAAAUACAGAAGAAACUGAACAGGAAGAGGCAAAUAAUGAAGAGGCAGAUAAAGAAGGAACAAAGCCAGAAGUGGUGGAGCUUAACGAUUCGCCAUCUAAAGAUAAUAAAGGCGCCACUAUCAGUGGAGCUAGGAAACGUAAACGCAAAAGAGAAUUGGAAAGAAUGAGGCUGUGGCGGAAGAGUAUUAAACAAAAAAGUACGUUAGAAAUUAAUGAACUUAUUCAACAACAACAAAUCUUUAUUGAUUCUAACAAUAUUGCCAAUACUGAUUUAAAAUAUAUUCUUUCAAAAAAUAUUUUACACAAAUUUCUUCUCAUUUCCGAAAUGCAAAUAGAUGUUACUGGACAUAUUUAUGGACUUUCUUCUUCAUAUGACCCUGGCAUUAAAGAAAUUUGUUGUAUUUUUAUUCCAAACAAAUGGGCUAUUUAUCAAUUUAAUGUGUAUAGUUUUGAUCAAAUAUCUCAACACCAAUUUAAAAAUUAUGAAUUUUUUGGAUGGAUUCACACUAAAGCCUCCAAUGAUUCAUCAGAAUUAUCACAUAAUGAUCGCUUCUUUCAUACAAAUUUUGUUCAUCAAUCUCAACAAGGACAACAACACACUAAAGCUUCCAAUGAGCAACGUGUUUUUGUUUCAUGCAAUUUUACUCCUGAUUCUGUUUCACUUUCGGCUUUUCGUUUAACUUCAAUUGGUUAUGAGUGGGGCCGUAUUGCCAACGCUGGGAAGUCGAGUAAGCUGAAAAUGUAUUCGCCUUCACAUUAUGAGAAAGUACUUUUGUUGGUGCCAGAUUUUCAAAAUAAUAAUGUUUGUUACACAUGA